AUGGGUGGUCCUGGAGAGAACGUUUCCUUUUUUCUCAGAAAAAGCCAUGAGGAGAGCUCAAGGAGAGUUUUACAAGGGAAGCCUCAUCUGGAAGGUGUGGAGAGUGUCGGUGUUGGUAUUGAGAAGAAAAUCACUGCGAGUGUCCCACAUUUCACUGACACCACUUCGGGAUCAUCAUCUGGACCUGAACCGAUGAGCAACCCAACACUGUCCCGAGUAUCAUCGACGCUGUCAUCAGACUCACUUGUGGCCCUGUUUCCGUUUGAUUCAGAUAUUUUUCGUCCAACAACUAUGAAAAAGGAGAACUCUGAAAAAGAAUCGAAGAAAAAAGAAGAAACCGCAAUAGCUUUGAGAAAUCCAAACAUCGUCGCCUUGUGUCCUCCACCAAGAAUAAUCCCAAGUGUAUCUCCCAGAAAACCACCCGGUUUGCCAAAAAUCCACGGCUCGUUUGGAGCGAAGGUUCAAAUAAAACCAAAGUCACCUGUGGUUCAAGAUCUAAUAAACAAGCUGAAAAAGAUGUCUUGCGCAGAGACCGCUGAAGAGAAGUCCUCGACACAAAGGAAGGAGCAGAAUGCCGACGAAACCCUCCCCACUGUUCCACAACACAUUCUAACAUCACCCACAAAGGAUACAGCGCCGAUACCUCAUCCACCUAAAAUAGAUUUUAAAAGUAUAAACAAGUUUGAAACUGCAUCAUUUGUCUAA